AUGCGUAGAAGUUUCCAAUAAACAACAAACAUUCUUAAACAUAAUUUAAAAAGUUAGAUUUAGUAAAGACUUUCAGCAAAGUCGCUCCUAUGUGUUCCUAAGCAAAAUUUCUGGAAUUAAAAAUGGGUAGUUUUUUAAAAGGAUGAUAAUACUUUAAAUGCUCAAAAAGGAAAAGCUAUGGCAUAAACAUCAGAUGCUGGUGUCAUUAAAGAUUUUGAUGAUAAAUUUGGGUUAGCAAAAAUCACUGAUCCUAACGUUAUUCUUGGCCAUUUGUAAGAGUGCUAGUUCAGUUAUAGCAUGAAUGAUUUAGUAUAUUUCUUAAGAAAGUUAGUUCAGCUACACAAAGACUAAAAGUAAUUUAAAGAUAAGAGAGAAUUUAAAGCUUUAGUCGAAGAAAUUAAAGAUAGAUUAGAAAAUGACAGACACGAACAGUAUCCCUUAAUAGGGAGUUAUGCAAAAUGUUUUAAAGAUCUUGGAGUCUAUGAUAAAAGAUUAUGGGAAUUAUUAGAGUACAAAGUGAAUGAAGAUUAGUGGUAUACCAAUUUCAAAGAGAGUUUAUUUGCUCUCGAAGGUUUCACAAUUUUAAAAGGAACUAAUGACUAAGUUAGAAUUGAUUAUUUGUAUGAGAAGUUAGAAAGAAUAAUAGAUUUGACUGUUUGGGAUUAACAAAUGACAGAUUAUAAAAGAGUUGUAGAAGCUUUAGCCGAAGUAAAUAGAUUUGAACCUGCUAUUUUUGCUAAAAUAGAGAUGUACAUUCUCAGAAAUAUGUCAUUAGAUUACGACAUUAAAACUAUCGUUGAUAUUCUCUACGCAUUUGGAAAGGGAGAAAUAGGCUAAAAGGAAUUUUAUGAUGCAGUUUAAAUAACAAUAUAUAAAGGCCAUCUUUUCAACAGAAACCCUUUGCUUAAAACGGUGGAGCUUCCAUAUAAUGGAGAAACAACAUCUAAGCUGCUAAAAAUAUUUACAAAUGCUAAAAAAUUAAAGGAGUUUGAAUUGAAUCCUAACUUUGUUGUUUAUAUGUACAAGAUGUUAAUGAGCAAUAACACAAAAUACAAUCUUGUUAAUUUGAUUGAUACGAUGAAAUAUUUGAGUCACUUUUAAUUUGACACUCAAGAUGAAAUAGAAAAUCAUUUGAUGAAUUAAAUUCCUAAAAUUGAAGGAUAAGUUUACUUUAAAGAUAUUUAAUAUGCUAUAGAAUUUUUAAACUACAAAGCAUGUGGUAAAUUUGAAAAUACUCCCCUUCACAUUCAAAGAUAGCUUUAUCAGUAUAUCAUAAAUUUAAUUCCUGGAAGUUAACCUGCAGAUUUACUUGAUAUGCAUUAAUUUUUAAUACAAAGGGAUUUGCUUAAAGGGUAAGAAGGAGAAAUUAUACUAGAUUUAAUGCUUACUUAUUUAAAUGAAAAAAUGCUUUAAAUAGAACCUAAAUAAAUUGAAUAAUUACUUCAAUAAAUCGAAAAUCAUAUUAAGAUAGUUACAGAAAAUGAGAAAUCUAGAAUAGAGCAUUUUUCUACUUAGAGAAAUAAAAUAAGAGAUUAUCUUCUAGUUUGCAAAUUUACUAAAAGGGAAGAAAUCUAAGAUCAGUCUAAGGUAGAAGAGAUUCCUAGAGUAGAAUAGAAAUAUUCUUUCGAUAGUUGA